AGCCGCAGGCCCGCAGCUUUGCUGUCACACACCGCAUGCGGCGGAACUUCCUUCACCACUAUUAGCACUGGAGACUUAAAACCAGCUGACUCUAGCUUUGCGAUACCUACAUUGCACAAUGAUAGUAUCUUUACAGGACUCUACAGAUGCAGCUUCCUCUGAACUCAAAGCUUCUCCAGAUACUGAGAAUGAGUUUGCUGGAGAAGCAGUGCGUGAAAUCUUGUUUCCUUUCUACUUGUCCUAGUUUAUUGAUUUUACUUACAGCCUCCUCCAUCAUAUUAUAACAACACUUCAGACCAAAAUGCAAGUUGCGGGUGCAUCCUCUUCCAGCAUUCCUCCUCAGCCCACUUUCAAGUCCAAACCAACAAAUUACUUGCACCUCUUCAAUGAGCAUAGCUCUAUCAAGGGGGAGUACGUCAUAGACCCUGGCAUGAAUAUCCCCACCUCUCUUCUUCCACCCCUGCGUCCAGAAGAGAGUGAGGCAGACAGAAAGAAUCUAUCCUUGCGCUCGAAACACGGAUCUGUUAAUGCAGAAAUAUGGCUACUCGGUGCUCGAGACGCCCAACCCUCCGAAUCCAAGAAGUUCACCAAACGUGCGAUACUCGACAUUGGCUCUGACGAUGGCUCUGUUACAGCGCGGGUUGUAUGUCGUCUGUUUGAUUAUCCUGGUUCCCCGUUGAUCAGAAUACUAGCACACUAUUCAUGGGGUUGUGCCGUUCUUGCUCACCAUUUCCGCGAAGAACGGCUCUGUGAAUGUCACUCUUCCGCGCUCUUUAGUGGCUUCCUUCUUCUAACGACUAGCCACGGUUCCGUCUCACUCACCGAUACUCUCUCCCAAAACUGCACGCAUCUAAGUCAGGUGGACUUGACUCGAAGAUAUUUUGUUGGAGACUUGUCCACGGUUGAUGACAGUGAUUGGAUUGGGGAUGAACUACGGGUAGAAGCGAAACAUGGAAACAUCAGGAUAAAAUAUGUCGAAGAACAUACCAAGGCAGACAAUACCAGCAAAGGAGGUCUUUUGAAUCGGUUAUUCGGAUGGUAGUGGGUACUUCCUGAAGUCACCUGUACGACUAUUUUUCACGUGCAACUUGUAAUCACUAUGGCCAUGUGGCGUUGAUCGACUAACAGCUGCCUGCCUUUUUUUGUCUCGAUCGUUCCAUUGCCGCAGCACGCAGCCGCAGUACCUUGGGAGCGCCGCAGCGUUCCUUCUUACAUUUGUUCGUUUGCGAACUCGUCCAUUGAAUAAUCUUUGACGACUCUACCCCCAUCAUCACUAGGCUCCAAUGAUCAUCAUCUCAGAGAAGCAGCUCCAGAA